ACACAGCCAUCUUUUCAAUCAUUGAUUCACAUCGAAGAACGAUAUCACGUGUUAAUUUAUUCUAUUGAUUCUAUUUGAGGGCUAAAUAUAAAGCCUGAUUCAAAAUUGGAAAAAAUCAAACAAAAUUCAACUUCUAAUUCGAUUCUGUACGUGUGUUUUAAAUAGCUAGCCUAAGUACGUUGCUGUUUUAAUCGUCAGUUUAUUAAUUCAAUUAUUUCAUCCCAGAUUUUCGUUGAUUGGUAAACUGAAUUAUUUCAAGUGUUUCGUCGAAGAUUUCUGUUAUUUGAAGAACUGUAUUGUUUCAAGAUAUGAUCCAGCUUCGCUUUGCUACUGGUAUGCUAUAUUGAUUCUAUUUUUUCGAAGAUUCAAAACAACUAUUGAUUCUAUUUGUUCUAUUCUGUUUCACCAGCUAUAUUGCGACGAUUCGUACGUUUAGUUUAAAGAAAAUAUUGUUUCGUUUGACGAUUAUUGAACCGGAAUUUGCGAAAAGGUGAAUUGACCAGCAACUUAUUCACAUUGUUUCUAUUUUCGCUCGUGAAACUUGUACUUACGCAUUACUAUUUCUCCAGCUUAUUCGUUCUGCUGUGUCGCUAAUUAUUUGGCUGAAGUUUGUUCGUUUGUUCGCUACGAUUCUCGUGAAAAAGGUACUGAUUAUUUCCAUUAAUUCUAUUACUUCUAUUAGUUCUAUUUUUUCGAUAUGAAUAUCCAUAAAUUUAUCACAUGGAAUGGCAAUCAAUACUCAUUCAAGAAGCCAGAAACUUCAUCUUUCUUAAGACAGCGCGAAUUUGAUCGAGCCAGAUUUAAAGAAGGGCUAUGGGAAAAUACUUUUGAUUCACUGUGUAAUACUUUCUAUAUGGAUGAUAUACGUGUCUAUGAACCUAAUUUUUCUCGAUUAGAUUUUCCAACGGAUUUUAUCCAAUCUAUAAGCAUCGAAGAUUCCAGCGAUAACUCAUCUGACACUGAUUCUUUUCUGUCCUCUAGGCCAAUGGAAAGAUAUCGUGUUCCGGUAUGCCAGUACUGCGGGGAGGAGUUCGAGGCAGGACAAGAAACUGUCCGGAACGAGACCUGUCCGCAUACUUACCAUCGCGAAUGCGUGAAAAGCUUAACUGAGCAGCGUACCCCCGCCGGCAAUUUCCGAUAUCUCCCAGCAAAAUGUCAACAUAGGAGCUGCGGCGCCGUGCUAAUUCGACAACACUAUCACAGUGUAAUUUUCCGUUAUGAUACGCCUGACAAUAUUUGCACAAACUCCGGUCACCGCAGCAGAAUCGCAAAUCUCAGCGACACCGUUGAUUUCCAGCGCGAGCGCAUAAAUGCGCUGAACGAUUCUUUACGUGACGCCGUAGCGCAAAAUGAGAUUAUGACCGGAAGAAUCGCAGAUCUCGAACGCGAAAUCUCCAGACUUAGGCGACCAGCGCAAGAUUACCAAGAUUUCGAGGAUGACCUCAACCAUCGAGACAACGACGACGAUGACGAUAUCGCUGGUGCACAGCAACAAAUGGUGAAUCACGUUAAUCAGGCUGCUGGAAAUAAAAAUGUUCAUGCCGCCGAAAAUCAAGAUGAUCGGGCUCCAGAUAAUUACGCAAAUAACGAUAACGCAGCCAACGAUUGCCAAGACGUCGAUGAGCGCAACGACCUUAAUGAACCGAUUGAUCGAGCAUUUGCUGAAGGAUUUGUUCAAACGAACGAAGAACGUGAGAUGCAACGCCGUAUGGACCAAGAGCGAGAUGCUCAAGAUGGUGUGAUUCCAGAGCCGGUUCCAGCUUCGGUCAAUGCUCCAGCUCCGUCCGCUCCUAAUCUCGACGAUGUAAACCUCGAGGAGACUCACCCAUCGAAUUCUGGACCAGUUUUAGUAGCGCCAGAGCUAGGAGAAGUAGGAAACGUUGCCGGACCGUCGCGAUUUCGCGAGCCUUUCCGGCCUAGUACACGUAAUGUUUUCUCUUCAUUUUACAACUCCAGUAACGUCUUAGUAAACCACGUCAUGCGGAAUGCGACCGAACAACGCAACGACCAUCAGCCGCGUAACCAGCCGCUGCUUGAUGAUGAGGAUGCUCCGUAUGAAGACUUCAGAACAUGAUGUGAAAUACGAGUCUACGAUGGUGGCGUCCAGAGCGCUGUAUUUCCGCAUCGUCGUGGAAAUAUUAUGGCUAUUUUGAACCAGUCCGGCUAUACUUUCAACCCGCAAAUCCAGCGCGAGCUACGUCACGAGUAUACUUUGCAUAGUCAGCAAAUGUAUUCCUCAGUUUACACAAGUUGGUCACCGGACGACCGCCGUCCGACCACCCACAUUUUCCUGAACGGAUGGUGGGUGAUUGGCGACGGUCUCACCCACGGUGUUGCGAGAGAACCGCUGAGACGAGAUCCAACGUUAAAAAGUCGCUGGGACCGUAGCCGCUUUGCAGGAAGUUUUCUUUCGGCCAAACGUCUUCGCCAUAAUAUCCAACAACACGCUCGUAACGUACCUAGAUUCUGCGUAGUUGCCAUGGGAGGACACGAUCUGACGCUCAAGUCCGAGCAUACUGCCAGAAUAAACACAUCGGCGUUAAUCCAAUUUUUGCUGGACCAACACGUAGAGCGAAUUCUCAUCCUUCCGAUAAUCAUCGCUGAUCGACGACCAGAUGCGGAAAUAAGAAGAUCGUACCGCGAUUGGCAGCGAGGAAUCCUGCCUCAAUUAGACCGGUCUCGGGUCACCUAUUUGCAAUUUUUGGAAGAAACAGUAGAUCGCGUCCAGCCUUACCAUGCCGACCUCGCCGGUAUCAUAUACGCCCACCCUUUUGUUCAUUUUGAUAUUAUUUACCGUUUGGCUCAUAUGUUGCGUUAUUUCGAUUAAUUCUAUACCCGGUAUUUGCGUAAAUCUUUCGUUUUCUAUUUUUUCGUUGUUUGAAUUUGUGAAUUUUGUUAUUUUUUCUAUCUUUUCUAUUUCUAAGUUUGAAAUGAAGACAUGGCGGUUCGGCUGAGCAUUCGAUAUUACCUCCACGUUAAAGCCUGUUAUUUUCGAUAUCCUCUUUAUUCUUUUUACAUGUCUUCGUGUAUUAUUUCUAUUAAUUUGGAUUUUUAGUCGCAUUUUUCUUUCUAACAGGUAUUUUCGAAAUUACCAGUUUAUAUUAGUUCUAUUAAUUCUAAGUUCGUUAUUUUUUGAGUUUUGAAUUAUCUAUUCGAAUAUUAUUUCUACUUAUUCUAUGUUAUAUUGAUUCUAUUAUUAUUGCAAUUUGAAUAGCUGUGAGUUAUGUUCCUUUCGU